UAAUUCGGUUAAGUUGAUGUCAUAUCAGAUCAACAUUGGUCAGAACAACAAACCUAGAUAGAUAUACCCUAGUCUUAAUCAGCAGUCAAGCAGUCAAACCCUAGUCAAUCAAAUAUGACGUAUGUGUAAUCUGACCAAAUUUGCCCACCCACACGUAGAGUUUUUGAUAAGAAAUUAAAAGUUUAUGUUUAUUCUCAGCACGUCUGCGGGCCUUAUUCGCAAACUGCGAUUGUCUUCGACUAUGCGGCUGUGUUUGCAGUAUACGAACACUCGACAUUUCUCUGUGCCACUUGUUUGGUGAAUUUGUCUCGGCGGUUUUUACGGGCGGAACUGUGUUUUGUAAUUAUUCGUACGCCCACACGACGGCGGCGGUGGUGUUGUGGGAGUGUUUUGUGCGUGAUGGUCUAUCGUAGAAGAAUACAGAAGAAGUGAGGAAGAAUAAUAAGAUGUCUCUACAGAAGAGCGUGAAGAGUUCAGGAGAUCGAAGCGAGCAGGCGGAUACCACAUCAAUAUGUUCAUCGGUGACUACCCAACCGGACAGACACGGUUUUUUCGGAGGUGCCCAAUACAGUCCAGAACCUAAAAGAACUGUCUCGCCGAGUACGAUAUUGAAGAGAGAACAGAAAUGGCUUCGUAUGCUCGACAACUGGGAAGCGUUUAUGAGCAAGAACUACAAGAAAGUACGAGAAAGAUGUCGAAAAGGUAUACCAGCAUCAGUGAGGCCGAAAGCAUGGUUGUACCUGUGCGGGGGACAGCUCCUGCUCGAAAAACAUCCGAACGAAUACGAGGAAUUGCUCCAAGCGCCCGGUGACCCUAAAUGCAUGGAGGACAUAAGGAAGGACCUGCACAGGCAGUUCCCGUACCACGAAAUGUUUAUAAGAGAGGAGGGAUUAGGGCAACAAGAAUUAUUUUCAGUUCUGAAAGCAUAUUCAGUGCUGAAUCCAAAAGUUGGGUACUUCCAAGCACAAGCCCCGGUGGCGGCGUUCCUCCUCAUGCAUAUGCCCGCGGUGCAAGCAUUCUGGUGUCUCGUCAGCAUCAGCGAUAAAUACCUGAGCGGCUACUACAAUCCCGGUCUCGAGGUGCUCCAACGCGACGGCGACAUUCUUCACGCGCUGCUUCGUCGGACCGCGCCUGCCGUGCACCGGCACCUCGUCAAGCACAAAGUGGAGCCGGUGCUGUACGCUACAGAAUGGUUCUUGUGUGCAUUAACGCGCACGCUGCCCUGGGACAGUCUGCUCAGGGUCUGGGACUGCUUCCUCUGCGAAGGCGUAAAGGUGCUGUUCAAGGCGGCGUUAGUAGUUCUGGCGGGUGCCCUCGGGCCGGCCAAGGUCCGCAAGCGCGCUUGCGGCCUCUGCGAGACUCUGGAGGUGCUACGACACCCCCCCGAGAACAUCCUCGGGGAGGAAUACCUCGUGUACCACAUGCAAAGACUUAGCCUAACCGAGGAAGACUUUGAGUUCGAACACCAGCGCCAGACCGCGCGACGGAGAGCAAUGGCCAACAGGAGGUCUAUAGAAACCAGCUUAUAACCGAAGUUGUCCGACUGUGACAGUUCAAUAAGUGGCAGCUGAUUCAGCGACUGCUCAUACAAACGUUAUUCGAAGAAUAACGCGCGUGACUUGUUCAACACGCUGUGAAUUCGCAUAAUGGACGUUAUAUUAUAGUGUGAUAAAGACUAUAGUCGCCUGAAUUGGCGACGUCGACCAAUCGAGACGACUGACUUGUGUGUGAAGUGUAACGUUGACUCUUGGAUAAUAAUUUUAUUUGAUAUUUAGUGUAUCCACGCGAUUUUCCUUUGACUUGGGACCAUGAUUCGCGAAAAUUGUGCGCAAAAUUUUGAAAUAUAAACAUUUAUUGUCGUCGUAUCCACUACAAAGCCUUAGAUUAGCGUCAUUUAACUAACUGUCGAAAGAUGUAGUUUCUGCAAAACACCGCUAGAGGCGCGCCAGCAUUUAUGAGGAAAGUUACCAGUUUUUAAGUCAAAUGUAUUUUUUUGAAAACUGGCAAUCUCUUGUCAUUUAAAUUUACAUCGUUUUAUUAUCCCAAUAAUUGACUUGACUAACUGCGGUCGGAAAAUUGAUGCGCGAUGAUGACUUAAUUUCGCAUUCCUUAAUCUCGAAAUUUCGACACUGGAAACUGUAAAGUUUUCCAAACAUCGGAAUUAAUAAACCCGAGGUUAAACCGUAAAACAUAAAAACUAAAGAAAUCUCUGCACCUAAACUCUUACAUUCUUUCCUUCCUAAACAUUCCACAUAAAAUCGUUCGCAAUCGCGUUCAACGCAUUCUCAAGUAUGAGAUAAAAUAAUUAUCCACUAGUCAUAUCUGUUCUUUAUAAUAAAAUUGUUAUUGAAAACAAAUAUCAGUAUAUAAUUAUUUGCAUAAUAAUCAUAGAUUAACUGGUGAUAGAAUUUAGUAAGACGUAAAAAAUUGGGAAGUUUAAUAAGUUGGCAACAUUUUCGUUUCCUUCGUCUCUUUUUAGCUUUGAAGGACUUCAGAUGAAGAUUUUCAUUUACAAAUGUGUACAAUUCAGUUGUGAAUCCUUAUUCAGUUGGAAUAAGGCCUAAAACUUGACAGCUGUUUUGUUUAAAGAAAUUGAAAUAUUACUAUUGAAAAUAUCUUACACAGUUCAUAAUAUUUAUUUAGCCUUCAGUACGGUCCUCGUACUACUACUACUCCACUAGAUAAAAUUAUGUGGUACUAAUUAUCGAAUAUGUUGAAAGAAGUUUAAAAAUAUUUGCCCAUCUUGAGAAUAGUUUUUGGGGUUGCCAGAAUUGUCGUAAUCAUAAAAUUAUAGGAAAUUUUAAAUAAAGAUUGCUUUCAAAUAUUUCGUUUACAGUGAAUAUUUUGAUAUGGAAAAACUACGAUAUGAGAGAUGAAUAUGUUGUUGUCUGUGUAAAUAUUUGUUUUAAUUUUAAUGAAAUCGUUCUAUGGUUAUCCGCUUUAUGCUCUAUGCAAAAUUGAAAGAAAAAGUCAUAGUAUUUUGUAUGUAAAAAUUAAAAACGAAAAAAAAAAAAAACAUAUCGCAAAAUGUAAAUACAUAGAUCUAAAAUGUUUAUAAUAUUCGAUGAAAAGACAAAGAGAAUGUAAAAAAAAACGUAUUAUCGAAAGUACAAUUAUGUAAAAUAUGUGAUAAUUUUCCAUUUAUUAAGAAGAAGGGAUAAUAGUGGAAUUACGUAUCUUUUAUUGCGAAUAAGAAACGAUCGUCAGUAUUUAUAUGUAACAUUCCCCGUUAUUAUUAUUAUUAUUCAUUUUCAUGUUAUAAAGGAUGUUAUUAUAAUGCAUUGUGUCUGUUUUAUCAACAUACAUUAUGACUCGUGAAUCGAGUCCAAACGAUUAUGUGUUUUGUUUUUUUUAUCAGUUAAAUGAAAUCGAUUUACAAUUUUUUUAUGAUUACCUGUAGGUACUCAGGUAAGUAAUUUGACUUUUCUAAAAGUUUUAUUUCAAAAUACAAAAAGAAAAGCAUAAUAUUAAAAUUAUUUAAAAAAAUUGAUUGAUGACUAAAAAAAAUUACCAUCAACAAAUCGAAGUAUCGAUUAAUAUCGAUUAAUAAUCGAAUUACCAACGUGCAUGACUUAACUAGAAUAAAUCCCAACCCUAUCGAAUAUAGAUAUUUUACUGAACGUAACUUUGUUCGUAUUAAUUAUUAUAAAUAGGCCAAUACAAUAAAAAAACAUAUUAUACUCAGCUGCGUCUAAAAUGUUUUAGCUGCUGCAUUUGUCUCUCUCUAACUUGAUGCAGUGUGAAGUGAAGGACAGUGACGAAACGAUUGUAACGGUUAUUAUCCAUUUGCUGAAAAUUUUGGCUAUCCUUUUCGUAUAUCAGUAAAAAGUAAAGGAUAAAAUUAUAAAGUAAUUGUUGACUUUUUACGUUUCAGAAUGGGCCCAUUUAAUAUGUAAGUACGUUGUAAGAUCACAAUUCGAUCGAUACAUCAGAACCAUAGUGCAAUGAGUCAGAAGUAUUAAAGUAAUUAAUUAAUUAUGUAAUGUAUAUUUUUUUAGAAAACUUCAUUGUAUCAUAUAGCGAUGUGUGUUCACGAGUUAGCUAGCAUUGUAUUAAUAAUACACAUGCGCACGUUAAACUGACGCAGACCAGUGUAAAUAAAAACACCACAUUUUAUAAAUUUAACGUCGAACUGUUUUUUGAUGAGGAUUGAUAAUAAUUAAUAUAUACUUUUCGUACAUUUGAGAAAUAAUAGGUUUUUUUUCUUUCGUUCUAUCGUUUAGAGUCGUGAACGAAACGGCCGUGACUGUAUUUAGCUUCUUCGAAAUCCUAACGAUGACCUUCCAAAGUAUUUGUGGUUCACGGUGAAGUUAAGAAGGACCCCCCCAAUGAUUAAACUCUGGUAUGAUAAAUCAAAUUCAUUUUCUCGUAUCCGCGUUUCCCCAAAACUAAAUGCUCUGUUGAUUAUUUAUUAUGUUAAAAUAAUUUCUUGUAUUAACAUGUUGGCUGUCAUGUCGGACACGUUUGCUAACUAGAGAGGUUUCUGAGGAUGUGUGUAUUAAAAAAAAAACCAACAUGGCGGUUGACGUUUUUAUUCAUUGAAUCUGUUAACAGAAGUAUUAUUAGUUUUUUUUUUUUUGUAUUUUUAAAGUUAAUAGUUUAAUCGAUCGACUCGUCGGCUUUAGAAUUUUUUAGUUUCAGAGCGAGGUGCAUAAUUUUCUUUCAUAAUAAUAAGAAAGUACAAGAAAGGUACUGCCUAAAAUUAUCGGAGGGGAUGCAGAGGAUAUUUCAGGAGUACUAGCAAGCAUCUUAUCAACAAUGACUGUUUUAAAAUCACUUCACCGAUUACUUUACUAGUAUUUGCUUAGCGUUACUAAGGAUGAUUUUUACUGUGACGCAUUAAAAUGUAUUUUUUUUUUCUUCAUAAUAAAGCCGCUUAAUGUCAUGUUACAGUUAAUCAAUAUUUGGUAUAAUGUAUCUUUAUUCUUGUAACAUUCUAUACCCAUGACAUCAUUUAAUGGUGAAGCUAUCUUUUACUAUUAAUUUUUUGAGAAAAAAAGAAUUGCGGUCCUCCAGCUUUUUUGGAAUUUAAUUAGGCCGCAAAGGUAUCUAGUUUGGACAGCCCUGAUAUAAACAAUUCAAUGAUAAAUGUUUAGGCGGAGAGGAAUCGCGAGUUGCACAUCCAUAGUCAACUUUGCCUCGACGGCCACAAGUCGACAGAUUAAACAUUAAUAAGUCUCGUGUUUUGUGUGAUUUCCGUUUUUGUUUAGUAUGAAUUUUAAAUGAACGUUGAUUUUAAAUGUAAGCGUAUUAUGAAUAUUAAUGUUGUUAUGCCUUGAUAGUUUUAUCACACGGUUUUUUUAGCUAUUAAUUAAUUAAUUACGUGUCUGUAUUACUUGUAGAAAAUUCGUGUUCUAAAACGAAUUUCAUGUUUAUAAUAUUGAAUCAGAGUAAUCUCUUUUUAACAAGAUUGCACAAAAUAUGUAUUUCCUCUUUUUUUUUAAAGUUUGUAUAGCAUUUUAAACAACGAACAUUUAAAACUUGAUAUCUUGUUUUUGAAAUCAAAAACAGCGUUCUUUUUUUAUGUUGACAACUUUGUAGAAGAGCAAUAAUUGAACUUUUGGGUGGCAAUGUAAAAGUUUAUGUAGCGUGUGAUUUUUUAUGUUAGCCGAUAGAGUUCCUCAGGUUUCCAACAAACAAUGAAGGGGUUUCGUUAACCUUUUAGAUUUGAGGGAUUUGAGAAAGUGCAUGAGCGUGGAAGCCAAUUAAAAUUGCAGUCAUUGGUUUGUUUUUGUCAAUUUCCAUGAGGUUACGCAAAAUUGUUGAAAAUUUUUAGAAUCACUAAGAAGCGCUAAAGGUCGAGUUACCCCUGUCUGUAAAUUCACAUAAUUUACGAAGUUAAUAAUUAGAAAGAUAAACACGUUGAAUAGUGCAAACUCUAAUAUAAUAUAUUUUUAUCAAGUAAUACCUACUAUAUUUAUAUCCAAAGACGAAUUAUAUUAAAAUUGAUACUACACUAUUUUUGUAUUCCGAACACAUUCCUUGAAUACUGCAGACUGUUUUAUUAUAACGAAUCAUGGUUUUUAUAUAUUUUCAGUGUUUUUUACCUACCAUUAUUGUAUUUUUGUACAAAUGUCUCGUGAUAUAUUCACACUGCUGCAAUACAAAUGUUGUAAAUAAAUAUUUUAAAACAGA